AUGAAAUGCCCAGAAAAAUUCUCGUAUAUUGAUUCUAUAAAAAAAAUCUUAAAAGCAAUUCGUAAUGAGGUUCUUAUCAUGUUCCUUGUAUCAAUCACUGACUGGUCGACUGCUAUAAUUCCUCCGCUACUUAUGACUGUCGGCGCAUUUUACAUGCAUUUUUUUGGUUCGAUUGUGACCUCGCCUUAUUAUUUCUCGUUCUUUGAGAUUAUGCAAAAAAUCUUACUUCCACGUUUAUUUCGAGUUGCUAUAUACUUUUUAAGUUUUCUUAUCUCCUUCAAUUGGUUAAAUCAAUUUGAUGGUGUGGAAGAAGACAAACUUAACAAACCUUUUCGCCCUGUUCCAUCUGGCCUCAUCACAGUUAAAGGUGCACGACGCCGUUUAAUCGUAUUUAACAUUAUGUUUCCAACUGUAUCUUAUCUCAUUGGUGGUUUGCCUUUACUUAUCAGCGCUUUUCUUUGGCAAACGUGGUUUUUCACUUAUGAACUUCUUAACCUUAGUGCCAAUGCUUUCUGCAAGAAUGUUUUUUCGGCUUUUGGUGCAUGGAUAAUGUUUGUUGUUACCAGUAAUCUUAUAAUUGGUACUGAAUUUAAAAUAUAUAAAUGGUGGGGCUGUGAACCGUGCCCAUUUAAACUUUCGGUUGCUAUCUUUGUGUUGUUCACCCUUCAAGUCCAAGAUCUUCGGGAUCAGAAAGGCGACAAGUUUAUUGGUCGUAAAACAUUACCCCUUCUUAUCGGUGAUAACAUUUGUAGGUGGUUGACUGCUAUUUCAUUGGCUCUGUCCGCAUUUUUCCUAUACGGUUCUGCGAAUUAUUUUUUGAUAUUGCCUGGUGUCAAAAAGCUCAACACAUCUGUUCCAUCAGAAUUCACUAUUAUCGAAACGGGUCUUUUUGCUGCAAUAGUGUGGAUUUGUGUUAGAUUGAUUAAAUAUAGGAAUCAAGAAGAAGAUCGCUGUACUUAUGAGAUAUGGUAUAGUGGGUUUUAUGCUUUGCUUUGCUUUUAUUAUGGAAUGACUAUUGGCACAUUUGCCAACAAUAUAUCAUUAAAUAAUAUGAUAUCCGUAUUAUAA